ACGGCGAUAUUUCCGAGUCCUCGAGCCGCAUUAGAUAUUACAAGAGGUUCAUCCGUUGAAUAAAGAUCCUUUAAAACACGAAAGAUGAGGAUCGCGGUGGCGGUGUGUGUUGUUUUUGCAGCGGCUUUGAGUGUCGAUGCUGCCGUGUAUUUUAAAGAACAAUUUCUGGACGGAGAUGCUUGGAAAAGCCGAUGGGCCGAAUCCAAACACAAGUCGGACUACGGCCAGUGGAAGCUCACCUCAGGAAAAUUUUAUGGUGAUGCUGAGCUUGAUAAAGGUUUGCAGACCAGUAAGGACGCCCGCUUUUACGCCCUGUCCACCCACUUUGACUCCUUCAGUAAUGAGGGUAAAACCCUGGUGGUGCAGUUUACGGUGAAACACGAGCAGAAGAUCGACUGCGGCGGUGGUUACGUCAAGGUCUUCCCUGCCGACCAGGACCAGGCUGAUAUGCACGGAGACUCCAGAUAUUACAUCAUGUUCGGACCCGACAUCUGUGGCUACAGUACCAAGAAAGUCCACGUCAUUUUCAACUACAAAGGCCAAAACCAUCUGAUCAAGAAGGACAUCAAAUGCAAAGACGACGAACUGACGCACCUUUACACGCUCAUCCUGCGGCCGGACCAGACGUACGAAGUGAAAAUCGACAACGAGAAAGUGGAAUCAGGCUCCCUUCUGGAAGACUGGGACUUCUUGCCGGCCCAGAAGAUCAAGGAUCCGGAAGCCAAGAAGCCAGAGGACUGGGACGAUCGGGCCAUGAUCGACGAUCCAGAGGACACCAAACCUGAGGAAUGGGAUAAACCCGAGAAUAUUCCCGACCCUGAUGCUAUGAAACCAGACGACUGGGACGAGGACAUGGAUGGAGAAUGGGAACCCCCGAUGAUCCCCAAUCCAGAGUACAAGGGCGAGUGGAAACCGAAGCAGAUCGAUAACCCGGACUAUAAAGGCGCGUGGGUUCACCCGGAGAUCGACAACCCUGAAUACACUGCGGACGACUCCAUUUACAAAUUCGACAACAUUGGAGUUAUCGGACUGGAUCUUUGGCAGGUAAAAGCUGGAACCAUAUUCGAUAACUUCCUGAUAACCGAUGAUGUUCAAGAGGCUGAGAAAUUUGGCGCAGACACUUGGGGAGUGACAAAGGAGCCAGAAAAGAAAAUGAAGGACCAGCAGGAAGAGGAAGAGAGGAAAAAGAGAGAGGAAGAGGAAAAGAGCAAAAAAGAUGACAACGAGGAAGAGGAGGAUGAAGAUGAUGAGCCAGACGAGGAUGAACACACCGAAGAACCUUCAGAGGAGGAAGAGGAUGGUGAGGACAACGUGGACAAGAAAGAUAGAGACGAGCUGUGAAGCAGAUUUUAUUUGACCUGAUGUCUCUGAAUGAGCAGAAUCCAAUCUGAUUGGCUGAUUUUUCUUUGUGGUGUGUUUUUUGGCCCCGCCCCCCACUUGUUAGUUCAUACUCCUCCAUAAUUUAAAGAUUUCUUUUGGUUUUGCUGCUAGAAGCUCCACCCCUCCCCCCCUUCAAAAUAAGAGCUAAGAUAUGUUAGACUAAUAAAUGUUUGGGUUAUUUGUUUGUCUGAGGGGAAAUUCUAAUGUCGUUUCUUGGAUUUGCACUUUUUAAAAUAAAUGAUUUAUUUUUAAA